AUGGCCGGCCCGUCGGGUUGGGGCUCCUCCCGGGAGCAGGACACCAGCUUCGCGAGCAGCGACGGCAAGCCAACUGUGGGGAGGCACUCAGGUGUCGUGGGGCUGAAGAACCUGCACAAUACAUGCUUCAUGAACUCCAGCCUGCAAUGUCUGGCUCACACCCCCCCUUUGGUGCAUCCCUUUGUCUCGGGCAGCUACAGGGAUGACAUCAACACAGCCAACUUGCUGGGCUACAAGGGCGAGGUUGCAGAAGCCUUUGGUGAAGUGAUGGAGGAAGUCUGGCUGGGGAGAGACCACUACUACGCUCCAAGGGGGUUCAAGCAAACUGUGUGCAACAAUACUUUCCUGUUUGAGGAGGGUCGACACCAUGACACGCAAGAGUUCUUGGGCUGGGCACUGGAUGGCCUGCAUGAGGACCUGAACAAGGCUGAGAAGAAGCCGUACAGGAAGUUGGAUGACGAUCCAGAUCGGACAGAUCUGCAUGUUGCCCAAGAAGCGUGGGAGUACUACAGGGACCGCAACACAUCGUUGAUGUCUGAUCACUGCACUGGGAUGUACAAGUGCACAACGACUUGCCUGAACUGCGGUUCAGUGUCUCGUCGCUUUGACCCGGUGAUGACCGUCACCCUUCAGCUGCCCCACCCAGCCACUAGGCAUUUCAUCUUCACUGUGAUCGAGGUGGAUGGAUCCAAGGCCCCCUGCCGGCAUGCAGUGGAGGUGGACUGGGAGGGCUCGGUGGAGGACUUGUACACUGCUGUGUCUGGAGCGCUUGGGGUGGAAGACAGUGACAUGAAUGCUGUCAUUUACAUAGCAGUCGUGCAUGGCCAUGCAGUGCAGAGGACACUGCAGAAGAUGCACGAGUCUCUGGACAGGAUCGGGUUUGACGAUGAGCUGGUGGUGUACAAAUACCCCAACAAGGAACAGGGGCCUCUGUCAGGUGGCAUGGAGACCCAUAUCCAACACAGGAAGCCAGCCACCUAUAGUUUUCCCAUGACCUUUGGAACACCUCUCGUGUUCUGGGUCAAAGAGGAGAACAUGGCAGAUGCAACAGAUUCCAAGAAACGGGGGGCACUGCAUGAGAUGCUGGACCGGGCCCUUAGGCCGUACAAACGUCGAGCUGUGGAGCAGGAUGAAGAUUGGGGCAAACAUGGGACCACUGACAUGUGGGCCAGGGGCCAUUAUGAGCAUGCCGCCCAGGCUGUUGGCGAGGCUAGUGGUGAAGACACAAAUGAGUGGGAGAGGGUUGGCCAGCGGAGCAGCGGCAACUCACCGGCUAGCUCCACGCAGUGCGCAUGUGGCAGCGGGGACGAAACCAUGGAAUUUGGUGGCCGGCACUCUUCAGGUGGCAGUGACUGUCUUGAGCCCACAAGGAUCAUUGCAGAUUGUGAACUUGGAAGGGCUGUGGGUGGCAGUGACAUGGAUGAGAAGCAGGAUGCUGGGUCGUCCAAGGGGUGCGCCCCCAGCCCUGAGCGCAGUCCCAUGUGUUCGGACCAGGGUGUGGAUGAUGCUGACGAUGUAGCUGAGGCCUCUCAGCACUGUGCUGAGGAUGGACUGCUGGAUGGAGGGCUGUCCGGGAAGCAGGGCGAAGGGGAGGCGAGCGCUGAGUCUGCCUGCCUGUCAACAGAGUGCAGUGCCCACUGCUCGCCAGGAGGGGGAUGUGCCGCCAAUGUGGAGGUGUCUGAGGAGGCAGCCGCCUGCCCCGAGGAGCAGGACUGCAGUGAGAAGGUUGCGGAGGCACCAGAGCUCAUGUCUCCUGGGGAGCCUGAGGAUCGCAGCAUGAGCCCUCCCACUGCUGUAAGGAGUGGUGGCAAUGGAGUGGAGAUUGGCGAGGAAGCAACCAGCCCGCGUGGCACAUUCUGUUGCCCGGAAGAAGACGACAGGGGCCCAUAUGUGGGCAGUCUUUUUGAUGAGGAUGAUGGGAACCAGUAUGACGGCGAACAGUAUGGGUCAGCAUAUGGCCAUGAACUCAGCGCAGUGACCGAUCGUGGUGCAUUUGGUGGUGCCACAGGCCCAGACAGUGCCUACAGGCUUAGGGAGCUCUGGGGGUGCAUGGGUUACUACUCCGACAGGAAAAGCAGCCAGAAGGACUUUGUGCUGGAGUGGGCAGGCGACCACCACAAGUUCUUUGACCUGUCCUGCUUGGCCAGCCCCGAGACAGACCCCAGCGUGCAAAGGGCGAGGCUGGCACAGAAUCACAAGGCCCACUCUGUGGACCUUGACCACCUGUUUGAAGUCUUCCAGCAGCCCACCCGGCUGUCGGGCCACAACGCCUACGCCUGCGACCGCUGCAAGAAGCAGGUACCUGCGCAGAACUGCUUCAACAUCUUUGAGCUGCCUGAGAUCUUGGUCAUCCAGAUCAAGCGGUUUGAGAACCGGGGCAAUGGCGAGGGCUGGGAGCGCAACAGCAUGCUGGUCGAAUUCCCGAUCGAGGGGCUGGACAUGUCCCCAUAUGUGGCCAUCAAGCAGGACACAGAGCCAGUGUACGAUCUGUACGCAGUUCUCAACCACUAUGGGUCAGUGCGAAUGGGCCACUAUACUGCAUAUUGCCAGCACUUCAACGGAAAAUGGUACCAUUUUGAUGACGAGUACGUCAGCGAGGUGUCCCCCAGGGUGGUGGUGAGCACUGCGGCGUACGUGCUGUUCUACAGGAGACGAGUGGACGCGCAGAAGGACCCAGAGGACAUCGUGUCAAUGGCCAUGAAGGAGCGCAGGGAGAGUGGGAGGGCAUGGCAGAGGACUCUGAGGGAUGGAGGCGUCAACUGCAGCAGUUACUGCAGGAGCAGGGACAUGAACUCCAGCAGGUUCCAAUACCCCAGCACCUCUAGCCCAACGUGUUCAAGGUACUCUGAGGGACCUGGAGCAGCAGUUGGCUGGGAAGCGUGUGCUACAAACUCGAGCAAUGGCCCUGGCCACUUUGCUGGCUCUGGGGACUCGAGCAACGGGAAUGCCUAUCUCCUUCCUGGUGGUCCAAUCCUCCAAUCGGGCAACGACACAUAUGGGGAGUGGAACAAGUCGAGCUACUACCAGAAUAGCAACUUUUCCACCUGGGAUAUUGGGUCCUCCAGCAACAAGCAUUGGUCUGACACCGGUGAUGCUCAUUUGGGCACAUCCGAGCCUGGCACUGAAUCAGACAAGGAAAACAAGGUGCAGGACACUGCUGGGGGUACCGGGAUGGAGCUCGUGUUGUACACUCCCCCGAAACCACUUCCGAUCAAUGAUCGAUCGGAGCAGCCUAAGGCUGAAAAUGGGCCCUCUGAAAAUGGGUCAGACGACAGGCAGGUGUGUAACAUUAGCAGGUGA